AUGUAUAGGAAGGAAUGCGCUAAAUGUUCGUAUACAUCCGGACAAAAUCUGAAUUUGGCUUUUCCGGUAAUAUUCAAUGUUGGUGUGCUGCAUUAUCGCAGGCUGCGUAAAUCCUUUCUUGACCACGUUACACUUCAGCUAUUGAUCGUCAGUUUGCAUUUUAUGAUUGUAGUGUCUGUGUUUAUUGCCGGACAAUUUGGAUCGUUGGAUUCGACAUUUCCUUGUGUUGAUGUUCGUGACCGUACACGCCUUUGCGAGAUAUUGGAUAAAGCUGGAGAAAGAGGGAUGGAGAGUGGGAUGUGA